CUCAGACAGGGUUGAAUAUGUGUGUAGGUAUGGUGGAAAUGGAACAACAACAAGUGGUGUAAAUGUGUCAAUAGCAGCAGAGGUAACAAUGGAGAUACACAGCGUUUGCCUGCCGCCAAAGGAAUCCACUUUCCAGAAGCUAAAACACAGGUUAUCCGAGAUAUUUUUCCCUGAUGAUCCUCUCUACAGAUUCAAGGACCAAACAUGGUGUAAGAAACUGGUUUUGGGACUUCAGUUUCUGUUCCCAAUAUUACAGUGGGGAUCUCACUAUGAUCUCAACCUCUUUAAGUCUGAUGUCGUUUCGGGUCUCACCAUUGCUAGCCUUGCCAUCCCACAGGGAAUCAGUUAUGCACAACUAGCGAAUUUGCCUCCUAUUAUUGGACUAUAUUCAAGCUUUGUUCCUCCAUUGAUGUAUUCAUUGCUGGGGAGUUCUAGACACCUUGCAGUGGGUCCAGUGUCCAUUGCUUCCUUGGUGAUGGGUACAAUGUUAAGUGAAAAGGUGUCCCCUGUUCAACACCCUACUCUUUACCUUAAGUUGGCCUUCACUGCCACCUUCUUCGCUGGUUUAUUUCAGGCAUCUUUGGGCUUUCUAAGGUUAGGGCUUGUGAUAGAUUUUCUGUCCAAGGCAACCCUUGUUGGAUUCAUGGCUGGUGCUGCAAUCAUUGUAUCAUUACAGCAGCUCAAGGGAUUGCUGGGAAUCGUUCAUUUCACUACCAAAAUGCAAUUGAUUCCCGUUUUGACCUCUGUAUUUCAUCAUACAAAAGAGUGGUCUUGGGAAACUAUUGUAAUGGGAUUCAGCUUCCUCUUAUUACUCUUGACCACAAGGCAUAUUAGCAUGAAGAAGCCAAAGCUUUUUUGGAUAUCAGCAGCCGCCCCAUUAACAUCAGUGAUUCUCUCAACUCUUUUGGUCUUCCUCAUUAAAUCCAAAGUUCAUGGAAUCUCAAUUAUUGGGCACUUGCAGAAGGGUUUGAAUCCAACUUCAACCAACAUGUUGUACUUUAAUGGCCAAUAUCUGGCUUUAGCCAUCAAAACUGGCAUUGUCACUGGGAUCCUAUCCCUCACUGAAGGGAUUGCUGUGGGAAGGACAUUUGCAUCUCUAAAGAACUACCAAGUGGAUGGAAACAAAGAAAUGAUGGCUAUCGGUCUCAUGAACAUGGCUAGUUCUUGCACUUCAUGUUAUGUAACAACAGGAUCAUUUUCUCGAUCAGCAGUAAAUUACAACGCGGGGGCACAAACGGCGGUCUCGAACAUUGUAUUAGCUGGGACAGUGCUGGUGACAUUGCUGUUUCUGAUGCCACUGUUUUAUUACACCCCGAAUGUGAUAUUAGCAGCCAUCAUCAUAACGGCAGUGAUAGGGCUUAUUGAUUAUAAGGCAGCUUACAAGCUGUGGAAUGUUGACAAACUGGAUUUCUUGGCUUGUAUUUGUUCCUUCUUUGGUGUUCUUUUCAUUUCGGUUCCUCUGGGACUGGGCAUUGCAGUGGGAGUGUCAGUAUUCAAGAUCCUGUUGCAUGUAACCAGGCCAAACACUCUAGUGUUGGGGAACAUUCCUGCAACACAAAUCUACCAAAGCCUCAACCGAUACAAAGAAGCUUCAAGGGUUCCUUCAUUUCUCAUACUUGCCAUUGAAUCCCCAAUUUACUUUGCAAAUUCAACUUAUCUGCAAGAAAGGCUGUUAAGAUGGGUUCAAGAGGAGGAAGAACGUAUUAAGGCAAACCAUGAAAGCACUUUGAAAUGCAUCAUUAUUGACAUGACUUCUGUGACAGCCAUAGAUACAAGUGGAAUCGACAUGGUAUGUGAACUAAAGAAGAUGCUGGAGAAAAGAUCACUAGUGCUUGUUUUGGUAAAUCCUGUGGGAAGCGUGAUGGAGAAGAUGCAUCGAUCAAAUAUCCUGGGAACAAAUUCAUUGUUUCUCACUGUUGGGGAAGCUGUGGCAGACAUUUCAGCUUCAUGGAAGCCUCAGCCAUGAAUGAAGGGGCAAAAGAAAAUGUGUUUUUUUCUUCUUUUAAUUUACCCUUUUUUUAGUUAUCAAGAAAUACAAAUCAAUUAAACAUUUUGUUUUUGGUUUAAUGGAUAAAUCAAAGUUAUGUUCGUCCCCUUACUGACAA